GAUGAAUAUGUCGCCUUGUUGUGCUGUCGUCUACGCUUCCGAUGUACCUGUUGCUCUUGUCAACCGCUUUUCCUCCAUAUGUGGCCAUUUCAAUCUAAUAGAAACUGAACAACAAUUGACAGAGUUUUUGUCCUAUAGCGCUACUUGGUUGAAUGGAAAAGAUUUGGCUGUGGAGUUGGCUGACACUCUAGCAUCCACAGAUUCUCGUUGUUUUGUUUCAGCUCUAGUUGGUAGAGAUCAGCGUAAUUGGCAUAUCGUAUUGCUGUCUUUUACACCUCAACGAAAAUUCUGUUAUCGUUGUUAUAAUACUGACUUGAUGGACUCGCAUCGUUGGGUAGAUGUUUUGUGUUCCAUCGUAGAGCAAGCUUUGUUGGAGAAUCCUUUCAACCCCGAGGAAAAGAGUAAUGAUUGGCAAAUGAUAUCGUUUGUAUCACCUUUAGAACAACUAUUCCGACAUCAAGUUCCGUAUUGUGUAUGGUUACCCAAAUAUCAACGACUUUCAUGUUUUCCGCGUUUCGAUCAAGUCAUCAUUUUUCCAGGUUCCUUUCAUCCAUUGCAUCGAGGCCACUUAGAACUGGCCAAAGUAGCGGAACAGUUGAGCCAACGUCCAGUUAUCUUUGAACUUUCCAUUCAAAAUGCUGAUAAAGGAAAGUGGAGUGAGUCUGAGGUGAUGGAGAGAUUGGCUCAGUUCAGUCGUGAAUUGGGUUAUUUUUGUGUGUUGACAAUAGAACCAUUGUUUUAUAAGAAAGCCCAGUUAUUUACAGGAGCCUUUUUUGUGGUUGGAGUUGAUACGGCCCAAAGAAUGGUCGAUUCCAAAUAUUACAACGAUGAUUAUCAACAAAUGAUUUCGUGUCUACAACCUUUGAUGGAAUAUGGUACCAAAAUUCUGGUAGCUGGAAGAAUACAAGAUCCUUCUUCCAACACAGGAAGAUAUCUCACAUUACAAGAUAUUUCCAUACCUUGUACAUUACAAAAUUUAUUUUAUCCCAUUCCACAAGAACUCUUUCGAUGCGAUAUUUCUUCCACAUUAUUAAGAAAAGGCCAAAGCUAGUUAGUUGUCUCUACUCGUUCCACAAACGACAGUAACCAGUGAUAACUUGGGUUGAAUAUAUUUUUGGAUGGCAUCAUUCACUUGUUCCAAGUUUAAAGCUUCAAUCUUUAGAGGAAAGUCAUCGAUCCAAUGGAGUGGUCUAUCAUUCAUAUAGAAA